GUUAACACGGUACGCGUGACAAAAGCAGCUGAGUCAACACUCGUUUGGGGGGGAGGGUGACAAAAGCAAUGACUAACGAAAGGCAAAAGUCAUUUUCUCCUUCCUUCUCUUUCGCUACAAAAGCAGCAGCUGAGUCAACACAUCCUUUUCUAGCCUUAUCGCCACAAAAAGUCAUCGUUCAAAAAGAGCGACUUUCACUCUCUAUCAGAUAUGGCCAGGUCUGGGGUAGAUGAGACAUCAGAAUCAGGAGCUUUUGUGAGAACAGCGUCCACAUUCCGCAGCUUUGUGUCACAAGAUCCUGCUUCUCAGUUCCCACCUGAAUCCGGAAGAUACCAUCUUUACAUUUCCUACGCUUGUCCAUGGGCUUGUAGAUGUCUCUCUUUCUUGAUGCUCAAAGGUCUUGACGAAGCUAUCACCUUCUCGUCGUGCCACACAAUUUGGGGAAGAACUAAUGAAACUGAUGACCAUAGAGGAUGGGUUUUCCCUGAUUCGAACUCUGAGCUCCCUGGAGCUGAGCCUGAUUAUCUUAAUGGUGCUAAGACUGUUAGAGCACUCUAUGAGAUUGCUAGCCCCAACUAUGUGGGAAAGUACACUGUUCCCAUUCUGUGGGAUAAGAAGCUUAAGACUGUGGUUAACAAUGAGAGUUCAGAGAUAAUCAGGAUGUUCAACACUGAGUUCAAUGGUGUUGCCAAAAACCCGUCACUCGAUCUUUAUCCUUGUCAUCUUAGAGAAGCAAUUGAUGAGACUAAUGAAUGGGUUUUCAACGGGAUAAACAACGGUGUUUAUAGAUGUGGGUUUGCUAGGAAACAAGAACCCUACGAUGAGGCAGUGAACCAAGUGUUUGAAGCAGUAGAUAGAUGUGAGGCAGUACUCGGAAAACAACGAUACAUCUGUGGGAACACUUUCACCGAAGCAGAUGUUCGAUUAUUCGUCACCCUUAUAAGAUUUGAUGAGGUUUACGCGGUUCACUUCAAAUGCAACAAGAGACUCUUAAGAGAGUAUCUCAAUAUCUUCAACUACAUAAAAGAUGUAUACCAAAUCAAUAGAAUGAGCAGCACUGUGAAAAUGGAUCACAUCAAGCAACAUUACUACGGAAGCCACCCUACGCUAAACCCGUUUGGGAUCAUCCCUCAUGGACCAAACAUCGAUUACUCUUCGCCUCAUGACCGUGACAGAUUCUCCUCCUGAAAAGAUCAAAUAUCAAUGUUUAUCACCUGUCCUAAAAAUAACAUCCUUCAAAGAAACAUGUUUUUGUACUUCAAUUUUAAAGUCAAUAAUACUUAUGUGUGUGUGUGUUUUGCAAGUUAUGUUAUGUCUGAAUUUUGCAAAUUGAUUUGUAUGUUCCAAGAUUAGUUUUAAAGACAAGUAAUACUUGUGUGUGUGUGCCGCAAGUCAAUAA